UCUACCUUAGACAUUAGCUCAAACUAGAAUACAUUUUUAAAGAUUGUGGCUUGCAUAUACUUAUUUCAAUUGUGUAGGCUUGAUUAGAUUUCCCUAAUUGGAUGAUUCAUGUGACACUAUCUUCUAAUUGCUUGAAUAACGUGUGCCUACUGCCUUGGAGUCAUGUUUUGUAGAUUUUUAGUGUGGUUUGUUGAAUGAGAAAUUCAUCGAACUCGCAUAAUUUUUUUUGUUGUUGUUGCAUGUUUCUUUCUAAUUUUCUUCUUUCACCCACCAACAAGUUUGUAGGCUUGAAUUACUUACUUACAUUAUUUUUUAGUGGAUAAACUUCUUGAUAUUAUAAGUUUGAUCUAUGUCUAUUUACGUAGUGAAAGUGAUGUCCCUAUUAUAUAUUUGUUUAAGGAUCCUUGUAACAUGUUUUUUUAUUAAUGUCAUUGUUUUUAAUUAGCAAUUAACUAUAUACUUCUUUGUAGACAUGGAUACUAGUUGGAUUGAUUUACCAAGAGGUGAUCUUGGUUAUUUUAAAGGUUGCAUGAAAUUCUUGAAACUUGCUAAAGAGACUCUUUUACCAAAUACAUGGGAAACUAAAUGCCCAUGUAAUAAGUGCAAGUUAAAUAAAACAAAUUCUGUAGAAGAAGUUAGAGGGCAUAUUUUAUUUUAUGGUUUUUAUAAAAACUAUAGAAAUUGGAUAUUUCAUUGUAAAGAUGAAGGGAGUAAUACCUAUGAUCUAAGUGAUGAUCAAGUAAAUGCAGUAGGUCGAGAUGAUAUGGACGGGUUACUAAGAGCAGCUUUUAGAGUUAAUACACAACAAACCGACAAAACUCAAGAUCCAUCAUUUAAUGAACAAAGUAUUGAAGAUGACAAUUCAUAUGAUAUGGAUGAGGGGUUUACCAUUUAUCGCGAGGUAGAUGAUGAGCAUCAAUCAACUUUCUCAAAUGAAGAACAGGCAAAGUAUAAAAAAACUCAUGGAAGCUUCUGAAAAAGGCCUGUACGAGGGGUGUACUACUUUUUCAAAACUUUCAUUUCUAUUGCAUUUGUUUCACCUAAAGUGUAUGUUCCAUUGGUUUGCAGAGUCAUUUAAUAAAUUACUUGAACUUCUAAUUGACGCAUUUCUCAUUAAGGAGUUUCCAUCGUCCUAUUAUGAAGAUAUGAAGAUAAUAAAUGAUUUAGGGUUAGGAUAUGAGGAAAUCUAUGCAUGUCCAAAUGACUGCAUGUUAUAUUGGGGCGAAUUCGCAAAUAAAAGUGAGUGUCAUAUAUGCCAUACAUCAAGGUGGAAAAGUGUGAAAGGAAAGGAGGGUGAUGUAAAUGAAAAAGGAAAAAAAGCAUGUAAGAAAGGCGAGGCAGCUAAAGUAAUGGAGUACUUUCCCCUUAUCCCUAGUUUAAAUAGGCUUUACAUGUCAUCUAAAACUGCAGAGGACAUGAGAUGGCACUUUAAUCGUAAGGAUGAUAAGAUUCGACAACACCCUGCUGAUGGCGAGGCCUGGAAAAAAUUUGAUGAAAAAUAUACAGUUUGCCGCUGAUCCUCGCACUGUUAGAUUAGGCCUAGCGAGUGAUGGUUUUAAUCCAUAUUGUCUUAUGAACACAAAUUAUAGUACAUAGCCGGUGGUCCUCAUUCCUUAUAAUUUACCACCAUGGCUUUGCAUGAAACCAUCAUCCUUUAUUCUUUCUAUAAUUAUUCCUGGUAAAUUUGGUCUCGGUAUGGAUAUUGGUGUGUACUUGCAACCACUAAUCCAUGAAUUGAAAUUAUUGUGGGAAGGUGUUGAUGCUUUUGAUUCUUAUAGUAGAAGCAACUUCAAACUGCGAGCAGCCCUACACUCUACUAUUAAUGACUUUUCGGCUUAUACUAUGUUGUCAGGUUGGAGUACGAAAGGCUACAAAUCUUAUCCUUCUUGCACUCAUUCUACUUAUUCAGAUAGAUUUGGUGGAAACAUUAUCUACCCUAGAUAUCGAAAAUGGUUGCCUAUUGAUCACCCAUAUCGUUCACAAGCUAAUUUGUUUUAUGGGAAAGAAGAAUAUGGUAUUGCUCCGAUUCGUACCAGCGGGACCGAUGUUUUGAAGCAACAAGAAGGGGUAAAGUAUGUAUAUGGGAAGACAAAAAAAGUUCCUAAAAAAAGAGGGAAAAAAGCUGCCAAUGAACUUGAUGAUGAUUGCGAUCCCGAUGGUAAUGAUGUUCUUUGGAAAAAGAAAAGUACAUUUUUUGAAUUAGAGUAUUGGGAGCAUAAUCCUCUUAGACAUAAUUUAGAUGUUAUGCAAAUUGAAAAGAAUGUGUCCGAUAUUUUAUUAGGAACUCUUUUAGAUAUGGAUAAUAGUAGGGAUGAUGAGAGUGGCAGAGAAGCCCUAAAGAAUUUGAAUAUAAAACCUCAUCUAUGGGUCAACCCUCAAGGUUACAUCCCGCCGGCUGCAUACACCAUGUCUAACGAGGAGAAAGAACGAUUUUUAAAAGUCUUGAAAAAGAUGAAAGUUCCUGAUUGAUAUGGAUAUAAUUUGCAAAGAUGUGUGAAUCUAAAGCAACGGAAACUUAUUAAUAUGAAAAGUCACGACCAUUAUAUUCUCAUCCAAGAUAUCCUCUCGGUUGCUUUAAGGGCGUCGAAUGCCACAAAAGUUAUUGACUUGCUUGAGGAGUUGUCUGACUUUUUUAAAAAGAUAUGUUCAACUGCUAUAGAUACAAGAGAAUUAGAUACCAUUCAAUCAAAGCUCGUGUUGACUCUUUGCAAGUUUGAAAAAGAAUUUUUACCAACAUUUUUUACAAUCAUGGUUCAUCUACUAAUUCAUUUAGUGGAAUAGGUCAGACUAGGCGGACCGGUUCAUUAUAGAUGGAUGUAUCCUGUUGAAAGGUACUUAUUAUUAUUAUUAUUAUUAUUAUUAUUAUUUAUUUAUUUUAUUUUUUUUUAUUUGUAUUAUUUAAUUUUUAAAUAAUAAUUUUCCUUAUUAUUUCACAUUGACAUACAAAAUCGUUACUAUAAUUCAAGGUACUUAGCCUUUUUAAAAUCUCAUGUAAGCAAUAAAGCGCAACCUGAAGGAUCUAUAGCGGAAGGUUACCUUUUGUGGGAGACAAUUGCAUUUUGUUCAAGAUAUUUAGAAAGUGUUGAGACUAUGUUCAAUAGACCUAGAAGGAAUGAGGAUGGUGUAUCAAACAUUUACAACUAUUUGUAUAAAUCUGGUGGUCGUGUUGUUGGAAAGAAAGAAAAUGUCCGUUCGGAUGAUAGAAGUUUAAAGCAAGCUCAUCGCUAUGUUUUACUUCAUUAUGAUGAAUUGACCCCGGUGCUCAAUGAGUUCCUUAAACUAAAGAGGCAAGAGAAUGACGUUGGAGGAAGUCAAGCUAAUGAAUCUAUUGAAAAUCAGUGGAUAAUUGAUGAUUUUGCAGAUUGGUUGCAAAGCCAGGUCCAUAAUUUAGAUGAUAGCACGAUAGAAGCAAAGUUAAGAAAAGCCUUAGCCAGUGGCUUGAGUAACCGCGGGAAAAGGAUGAAAAGUGUUAUUAUCAAUGGUUACAAAUUUGAUAUUGUGGAUCGUGAGCGAUUUCGAAUAACUCAGAAUUCAGGAAUCAUGGUGGAAGCAAAAGAUCACGAAUAUUAUGGAAAACUCAAAGAAAUUUUGGAAUUAGAUUAUUAUGGUUCUUAUUAGGUUAUAUGUUUCCUUGUGAUUGGGUCGAUAUCCGUAGGGGUAUCAAAACAAAUCCGAAUAGAAGAGUUUGUAUCAAUUUCUCAAAGUUGAUGCACAUUGGUCGAUUUUUGCGUGAUGAUUCAUUUGUUUUCUCAUCUCAAGCAAAACAAGUUUUUUAUAUCGAGGAUGAGAUACAAAAAGGGUGGUGUCAUGUUGUGAAAACUAAGCCUAGGGACUUGUUUGAUAUACUUGGAUAAUUUGUUUACAACUUUUAUAACUUAUUACAGAUUUGAGUUCAUAAA